AUGGCAUACUUCUAUUCUGCAUACCCAUGGGGUAUCUCUGUGGACCUGGGGGUCCUCCAUAAGUUUGCCCAGGAAAAGAGCCCCCCUGUUGGGGACCGGGCGCACUGGGCGGCCCCUGUUGCGGCUGAGUGUAUGGGUUUGGCCCCACCUGAGAAUACGUCAGGACGGAGUCCCCGGGUGGAGCGCUGGGGGCCGACCUUGGCCAGCAGGGUUCUCCAUCGUUCCACGUGCCUCCCUCAGGCCAUGGCUCCUCAUGUUCAGGACAGUAGGUGUGUGCGUAACGCUGUUAUGUAUUUGUGUGGAGGAGGAGGUGCGUGGGAGGAUGUGGGGGGGUGCUACUACGCUCCCCGGGGUCAUUACCGAGCGGGCCGCAGGGGAAAGACCAGACACAACAAUGCCACCACACGCUUCCUGCCCCCCCCACCAGCUUAUCAGAAAACACACAGCCGCAUCAGGUUGGGAUGUUGA